AUGCCGUAUCUACGGCUACCCCUCAACUGGAGGGGUUCUCGCAAAACUCGCCGACCCUCUCGACAUGCUUUUCCUAUCGCUCCCCCGCUCUCUGGAGUGAAGCGCUCCCCCAGUGCCGAGGAAGAAGACCGGUUCUAUGAUCUCCUGCGACGGACUGGUGCAAAGUGGUGGCCGAGUAGGGAUGAUCAGAUGGAGGCGGAGUUGGGAACGAGGGAGUUGACGGAGGAAGAAAAAAAGGUGGUGGUGUUUAGUUGGCCGACGGAUGUAGUGGGUGUGUGGGUGUUGAGGUUUGUGAGUAAAUGGGACUGGCCUGAUGAUUUUGGGAGACUGAGGCUGGCGAUGAAUAUGGAGAAGAUCCAGAUUAUGAGACAAUAUGGCGCCACGUUUGUUGAAGAUGUCAUCCGGGUGGAGGAACUUUAUCCAGGGCAUCACGAGAACGAUCAAGAUAUCUCGACUCAUUCAUGCAUGUGA